CUUAUAUAUAUGUGACACCCGGCGAUUGCGCAGGUCGGUCCCAUGGUUCGCGAACAUACAUAUUUCCACUUUCAAUUUUUCAUACCAUAAAGACAUAUACUAUGGAUCUUUCCUCGCUUGAAGGUCCUCCGAUCCCAGAUUCCAGUUUUAAUGUCCGUACCUCCACCUGGGUUCCGCGUGGCACGGAGAUUCCUCGGAUACACCUCGACCCUACCCCAUCGACAUCGUCACCGGCAUCAUGGGCGCAAACACCGUGCCAGAGUUCGUUCGAUUAUGACGACUACCCGCCUAGACCGGCGUCUUCGGGAUCCACAGCGCUGCGCAGAUACUAUCAAAAUCAAGACCAGAAUGCAGAGAUAUACCAAAUCAGACGGAGGAGUUACAACGAUGAGUCCUCAGGGCUCCUGCAUCCACCUUCGUCGAACGGACGCGUCUCAGAGUCGGAUUUAUUAAAUCAUCACGCGCAUGACCGCGUCCAAAGCAGAGGCAACCUCGUCUGGUGCGAGACCCAAAGAACAUGGCUUGCUUUUGAUCGAUACGCACCGAGGAACACAGCACCCGCGCUUUCAAUCCCGCAGUCCCAGUCUGCAGAACCAUACCAUACAGCUUCGCGGGGGUUAGGGCAGAGCCAGAGACAGACACAGACACAGAGCCGUGAUUGGUAUAUGGAUGGUGAUGACCUGCCACCUCCAUACGGAAACCAUUAUUAUGAUCGCAUCCUUGCGGCGCAGCCGAUGUCAACGUCGAAUAGUCAAUAUCCAUAUCAGAAUCGUCGUCCGAGACAGGUAUCGAGAUGGGGUGCUAUCGCGAGACGGAUGAAUCAGUCGCCUGGUCCUUAGGCUUGUUCUAUUUGGGAUUUUUGUUUUUUAUGCAUAGAAAUGGCGUUUGUUUGGGUUG